AUGCCGUUCACGGGCAAGGUUGAAGUAACCCGGCGGCGUGUUUUAAAGGACGGACGCGUGAAGCUCAAACUGUCGCUCCUGGGCGUGUCGGUGGACAGGUGCGGAAUCUGUAUGUCGCAGUUCCGCCGCGACGAGCACGCGGCCCUGACGCCUGCAUGCAAGCACUCGUUCCAUGAGGCUUGCCUGCAAAAGUGGCUGCGCGAGAGCCGCAUGUGCCCCAUAUGCCGCAUGCCGCUCUCCAUGGACGAAUGA